AUGGCGGUAGAUCCAUCAGCACAAACAGUACUUACGUUAUUGCGUAAGCAUGCUACUUCUUUGCCUCCGCAGCGUAUUCUAAUUCAUUAUUUCGGCCAUGGCUGCCAUCCGCCAACCGAAGAUGGCUCAUUAUACUUCUUUUCUGAAGAUAGGACGCGUUAUAAGCCAAUUAAAAUCAUCAACUUACUCAAUUCCUGCCCAUGUCCAUUAUGUGUCAUAAUUGAUGCUCCAAAUGCAGGAUGCUUGCCACGCUUCUUCUCUUCAAAAUCGGAUGCGUUUGCAUUUUUCGCUUGUGGUGCCAGCGAAACCCUUCCUUUGAGUAUAGAUGCGCCACUUGACCUAUUUUCGGCCUGUCUUCUUACUCCAUUCGAAACAGCCAUCUGGUUCCAUCGUAGGCAUCAUAGCAAUGUUUUAGAGUUUGAAAAUUCAGCAGUUAACAACAACAAAGAUGUUAUCAAGAAAUUCCUCGAUGCAUUCUUAGAUGCAAUACUCUUCGACUCCCAAAUAUCAGCGAUAUACGAAAAAUUUGCAUUUGACACAUCCGUUUUUGUUCUUGCGCGCGGAUUUGUCCUUGCACAAAGAAUUUUAAAUUCAUUUAACAUCCAUCCUUCAACAUACCCAGAAUUGAAGAACAUGUCCAGCCACCCACUCUGGGGCAUGUGGGAUACAGCCAUAGACUGCUUCCUUACGAUGCCUUUAGACAGAUCAAUGAUCACAGUCUUCAAAAUCUUCUCGAAGUCAUUCUCAUCAUUCCCAUCCACCGACUCAUUACCGAUAUUCUCAUUCUACCUCAGAACGGAAUUCCACCAAGAUGCCGUUCAUCUCCUUCUUAAUUUCAUUGAUUCUACAGAAGGAGCAGCUUCGACAUGCUCGAGGUCCUCCAUACCAAAGAUCAUCGUAAACCUCGAGAAACCAUCAGCAGCAAGCCUUGUUGUCGUUGCCAAAUGCAUUGCAAGUGAAAAGAUUUCUCCAUUUGAUCCACAAAUCCCAAUAAACUUCCAGAACACGAAAGAUCCUGGUGUCCUCAAAGCCGGAUUCCUCUGCCUCGCAUUGUCUAUUUCAAUUACAGGCCAAACCGCUUUUUCACGUUUGAUUCCAUUAUGUAUUGAAAAAGCAACGCAAUGCGCUCCUUAUUCCGCUUUGUUCUUAGGCUUGUUGUUGGAAAGGGCCUCGAGAUUGAUGACAAUACCAGAGUAUAUCUCGAAGUUCAUGCCAUUAGUCAAAUCAAGAAGAGAUGACUAUCGAGCAGCUGCCGCCUUUUUUUUCGGUUUCGCAAAAGAACCUGAAGUUUUGAACGUCAUUUUAUCAAUGACAACUGAUAAAUCACCUGUUGUUAGAUGUCAAGCUUUGUGGUCUGUUGCCAAGUUCAUCAAACACAACAUGUUGCAGCCUGAACAAGCAGUACUUGAUAUGUUCAAAGAAAUGCAAAAUGAUAAGGCCGAAUUCAUCGUCAAAACAGCUAUAGGUUUGUUACCGUACUUCGCUGAUGAAAGGUUCAAAGAUCAGAAUAUUCCACAGGAUCAGAUGCUCAUUCAGCGUCUGAUCUUAAAUGUAAAUGCAGUUGGAUUCAUGGAGAGAUUCGAAAGUGAUGCAUUUUUGUGUGAUGCAUCAUGUUAA